GUUGUUCACCCUGCUGCACCUGCUGCGAAACCUGGCUGCCUCGUGAGGCUUACCGCUGAAGCAAGGUUGGUUGGGUGUCAUCGAGUGCGGAAGUGGGCUCUCCCCUUCACCACCCGAUCCAGUAAAGGAUCUAUAUAACGGCCUCGUCUCACGGGUGAAGAGAGAGUUGGACGGCCUGAAGAUUGAGUGCAGUUUUGCCAUGAGAUUCUGAGGAUUGCGGUAGAGCACGAGGGGUUCAAACUUGGGAAUGCGGAGCUACUCUACCGAAGCAUCAGCAAAGAGAGGCAGGGGAACCUCAAACAAGGAGUGUGCCUGAGAGACAUGUUAAGAAGAUGGGCAAGAAGGGAAACUGGAUCACUGCACUCAAGAAGGCGUUCACCACAAACCCCAAGGAGAAGGCCACAAAUGUAAACGAAUGGAUGCAGGGGCAACUGGUAGCGCAGUACUCGCAGCCGCCGCCGCAGUACCGCAGCGAAAGGGACAAGAAGAAAUGGGGCUUCGGCCGGUCGCGGCAGCACGCCGAUCCGGCGCCGACGAUGGCCGGCAUGAGCAUGCCGCUGUACCGGCAGCCGAGCAGCAUCGAGAAGAUCCUGGGCGACGCGGAGAUGGAGCGGCAGUACUACGGCAGGCCGCCGGCGCAGUACCAGAUCACCCCCGCCAGGCCCACCACCACAACGGUCACCGCGGCCAAUCAUGCUGCGGCGACGGCGCCGACGACGCCGUUGGCGCGUGAGCGGGAGCGGGAUGGCGGUGGCAGCGAGAAGCAGCAGCAGUACACCACGGCGGUGCUGCCGCUGCCUCCGCCGCCGUCUUGCUCGCCGCCGCCGCUGAUCAGGCGGUUCGACCACGACCGGGAGCAGCAGCAGAGGCUGCAGCGGCUGCAGCAGGGCAGGGCCGCCGAGAAGAUCACCGAGUGGCGGCAGCCGCAGCAGCAGCAUCAGCAGCGUCCCAGGACGCGCGCGGUGGCGGCGAGGCAGGCGGCCGUGCCGCCGGAGCAGGCCCGCGCGGCCGCCGUGGCGAUCCAGGCGGCGUUCCGGGGGUACAGCGCGCGGCGGAGCUACCGGUCGCUGCGGGGGCUGAUCCGGCUGCAGGGGGUGGUGCGGGGACCGAGCGUGCGGCGGCAGACGGCGCACGCGAUGCGGUGCAUGCGGACGCUGGUGCGCGUGCAGGCGCAGGUGCGUGCCAGCCGCGUGGAGGCCAUGGAGCGCCGCAACCACCGCGCCUUGCUCCGGGACGACGGCAGGUGGCGCUCUGGCUCGCAGGACGGCGGCAUGUGGGACGACAGCCUGCUGAGCCGCGACGAGGCGGACGCGAGGACGAAGCGGAAGGCGGAGGCCGUGAUGAAGCGCGAGCGAGCGCUCGCCUACGCCUACUCGCACCAGGUGCUGAAGGCGACGCCAAUGGCGGCCCACGCGAUCCUGGCGGACCUCCAGUCAGGCCGGAACCCGUGGUGGUGGUCACCCAUCGACCGUUCCCAUGAGCCCGAGUACCCGCGCCACGUCGAGCCGAUCGUCGUCCGACACAAGCCCGCGCCCGCCGUCGCGCACCGCGAGAUGAUGACGCCGAUGAUGACGCCCAUGACGACGGCGGCGAACACACCGGCGCGGUCGGUGGUGUCGGCCUACUACCCCAAGCAGCCGAGCAGCAGGCCCGCGACGCGGGCCACGAGAGGAGGGGCGCCGAGCCACGGCGUCGGCGGCGGCGGCAGCGUCCGCGACGACGAGAGCCUGACGAGCUGCCCGGCGUUCGGGGUGCCCAACUACAUGACGCCCACGAUGUCGGCGUCCGCCAAGGCCCGGGCGCGCGCGCACGUGCUGCAGCAGCAGCUGGACAAGGAGCGGCGCGCGGCGGAGCAGAAGCCCAGGUUCUCGUUCGGGCUCGGCCAGAGCAUCGGCAGCUGGGCCAAGACCCCGUUCUGGAAGGGCGGCGGCGGUCAGCCGUCGGUGCCGCCGUCGCGGAUGGGCACGCCGGCGGCGUCCGUGGCUGGCAGGCGGCACCGGCGGUCCGUCAGCGGGCUCAGCGUCGACUCCACCGUGUCCAUGCCGGCCGGGGUCGGCAGGAGGACCUUCAGGUAG